UGACUGAAGUUUAUCAUCUCACUACAUCACAUGUGAGACCUAACCAUGUGCAUAUUUAGUAUGUAAAACACCCCCACAGCCGCCCAUCUGAAGUAUUUUCCUUCAGCCAUAUUUUUAUACUCCUUUUUUUUUUAAAUAUGUGAUAAGUUUACAGCGUUAAAAACUAAAUUUUCAUAAAAAUACAUUUUCACUUGAAAGAAAUGCAAUUUAGAUAAAAUAAAAAACCAGGAAACAAAACGUGGUUUACGUAACUAUGUGCAUGUAAAGAGUUAAGAUAUAGUAGUGAGGUUUAGGCUUUGGCAGCCGUAACUAACCGAUAACAAGCGUUGCUCCGCACAGGCGGCUGUCGUAAGAACUUGACCUUCAUACAAUGAUUUCUGUACGCAGUCUUUCCCGAAGUAUUCAGAAUGGAAGCCCUACUGUCCAGGUUGGAAAAUACCAGGCACUUAUUCAGCAAGUUAUCUGCAGAAAAUACUCUGCUGGAGCUGAAAAUGACCUAGUGGUUAUCGGCUCUGGCCCUGGUGGUUAUGUAGCUUCCAUUAAAGCUGCCCAACUUGGUUUGAAGACUGUUUGUGUAGAAAAGAAUGCCACACUAGGGGGUACAUGUCUGAAUGUUGGAUGUAUCCCAUCCAAAGCUCUUCUCAACAACUCUUACCUCUAUCACCAAGCUGUAACAGAUUUUGCAAACCGUGGCAUUGAAUGUUCAGACAUUGCCCUCAAUCUACAGAAAAUGAUGAAGCAAAAGGAAAAUGCAGUGUCCUCCCUGACUGCUGGUAUUGCACAUUUAUUCAAACAAAACAAGGUGACUCGUGUUACGGGACAUGGUACCAUUACAGGAGUCAACGAAGUCACUGUACUGAAAGAUGAUGGGUCACAAGAAAAGAUCUCUGCCAAAAACAUACUCAUAGCCACUGGGUCAGAAGUCACUCCAUUUCCGGGUAUACCGGUGAAUGAAAAAAAUAUAGUGUCUUCAACAGGAGCUUUGUGUUUACAAGAAGUUCCUAAAGAGCUGAUAAUCAUUGGUGCUGGUGUCAUUGGUGUAGAAUUGGGAUCUGUGUGGUCAAGGCUUGGAGCUAAAGUCACACUAGUAGAAUUCAUGGGUCAUAUAGGAGGUCUUGGAAUAGAUAUGGAAAUCUCUAAAAACAUGCAAAGAAUUCUUCAGAAGCAAGGUUUGAAGUUCCGUUUAGGUACCAAGGUGAUGGAUGCUUCAGAAGGAAGUGAUGGCAAGAUUUCAGUAUCACUAGAAGCAGCUAAAGAUGGAAAAACUGACCAGAUGUCUUGUGAUGUUCUUUUGGUCUGUGUUGGACGACGGCCUUAUACCGAGAAGCUGGGCAUAGAAAAUUUUGGCAUUCAGUUAGAUAACCGAGGACGAAUUCCCAUUAACAGCAGAUUCCAAACAUCAGUUCCUAACAUAUAUGCUAUUGGAGAUGUUGUCCAGGGCCCUAUGUUAGCUCAUAAAGCAGAAGAUGAAGGUGUAGUCUGUGUUGAAGGUAUUGCUGGUGGAGCUGUUCAUAUUGACUACAACUGUGUGCCCUCUGUUGUAUACACUCACCCAGAGGUAGCUUGGAUUGGCAAAACAGAAGAGCAACUGAAAGAAGAAGGAGUGAGUUAUGUUGUUGGGAAGUUUCCAUUAAUGGCUAAUAGUCGAGCUAAGACUAACAAUGAUACUGAUGGCCUUGUGAAAGUCCUUGGACACAAAGAGACUGACCGAUUGUUAGGGGCACAUAUAAUUGGCUCUGUUGCUGGUGAGUUGAUUAAUGAAGCAGCUUUAGCUAUGGAAUAUGGAGCUUCUUGUGAAGAUAUUUCUAGAGUCUGUCAUGCCCACCCUACGGUUUCAGAAGCAUUCAGAGAGGCUAAUUUGGCAGCUUCUGCUGGGAAAGCAAUUAACUUCUGAUGAAACACUUCUACUUUGUUUUUUUUUUAAUAGUAUACAGUAGAAACUAUUCAGAUGUUGCUCAGUUCCAGAUUAAAAAGAAUGAGACAUUUUAACAACUAAUCAACCUGAUGACUCCACUCUUGCAAAAAAAAAAAAAAAAAAAAAAAAAUGAAUUUUUACAACUAUUUUCAUUUCACAUGAGUCAUUAGAGCCAGGUCCAUAUUUUCCUCUGGAAUCCUUAACACCUCUGUAUCCAUAAAAAGAUAAUUAAUAAAAUGUUACCAAGUUAUCUUGGUUGUCUAAAGCAAUGCAAUGUUGAGGCUAUAAUAUAUUAUGUAAUAAAUGAAUGAGUUAUACAUUAAAUUAAAUAUGUAUAUAUGUGUGGGAAUGUGCAUUAAUUUAUUAUUUCUUAUGCCUAAAGAUUUUGUAUUGUAUGCCUAUAAAUUUGAGAUAUUUGUAUAGUUGAUAUUAAGGUUCUCUCAUUUUGAAUCUAUUUGUCUACUCAGUUGCCUGACUAAAGUAAGUCAUAACUGGAUAUAUAUAUAUAUAUAUAUAUAUAUAUAUAUAUACCAGUAGAUAUAAAUUUUUUUUUCAAAUAAAAAAGUAUUGCAUUUCCAAAAUCAUCUAACCUACUUAGUCAAGAGAAAACUAUGUAUACUACAAAUUUUCUUUCUCCCUUCCACCAAAAACAUUUCCUAAGGAUUAUAAGUAAUAUUCAAUUAUCAAAUGAAUUGAUUCAGCACAUAGAAGCUAAAUGUUAGUGUACUGAAUGAAAGGAAGGAUAUAAUUUAUUCGUUUAUUUAUUUCUCAUAUGUUUACACCUUAUUGUAAUAUUUAUCAACAGGAAUAAUAAUAAAAAAAAAAAAUUCUUUCAGUUGGUAUCAAAGAAAAGAAAAUUUUUCAGGAAUUCAGAGUUAAAUAUUUUAAGAAAAUCAAUCGAUGAAAAUAUUCUGAUCAAAUUUAAAUAUUUUUCUGACAAGUUCUCAUCUGAGAAACUAGAUAUUCAUGCAUUUUUUAAGUAUUUUAAGUAAACGUCUUCUUGAAUAGUUUUUAAAAAAAAGGUCUAAAAGAAGCAAAAUUUUUCAAUCAAACCAGUGAAGUCAGGGCAAUAAGAGGUAGCAGUGUAUUUGUGAUUAAGGUCCUAGACUACAGACACCAAUGUGAAAUUCAAUCCUACAGCUAUUGGGAUUAAUAUUCAAUACUAAGUUUGUUUCAGUUAAAAAAAAACUGUCUCUUUGCGUCUGACAAAGCUAUGAAAACUAUUCCAAUAAUUAUUGUGCUAAUAGCCAAUCCCUUACUAUAUCCUCCUGAAGUAAACCAAAAUAGGAUUUUCUGGAGUAGUCAACUGUUUAAAUUUUUUUGAGCUAUGCACAUGCAUAAGACAAAUCUGUGAAAAGUCUGAAACAAUUAUCUAAAAAUAAAAAAAUAUUCUAUAUUGUAUCAAACAUCAUUUUAAAAUACAAAUAUUACUAUAUUCGUCAAGUUAGGUCACAUGCCUAGUGAUAGUCUUCUGAUUAUGUAUGAGUAGCCUUCAUGUAGAUAAGAAGGGAGAUAAUUUUGUAAACUUUUAUAACAUUAAAAGCAGCUAGGAAAAUAUAGCACUCAUGUUGGCACAAUGACAGAAAUUUGUUGGGAUGGGGUAUAAUCAAUUGAAUCAAUCUUGUUUCAUGAUAACUUUUUAUUGGCCUUGCAAUGUUGAAAGGUGAAACGUACCUUCACCUAAUUUGAAUUUGGUGGGGAGGGGGCUAAUUACUAUAAAGUAUUUACUCUGCCCUUUCUGUUACUUCACUAACCUUCAGCUGUGAAUCAAUGGAGCAGGUGACUAUUUAAAUAGUUCUUGUCAGUUUUAAGUCAUAGUUUUGUCAGAACUGUCACAAUUUUAAAUGGUAAAACCUUUUCUGUAAUCUAAACUGACUACUGAAAACUUCCUAUGUAAUGCUUGACACUUAUUUAGAUUAAAUAACAAAUUCUUUGUAUUUUUUUCAUGGUUUGUCUUCAUAAGAAAGAACUUCACAAUUUGCUGAAUAGAUUUCAGUCUUAAAUAUUGAAUGAAAAACAUUUUUGAAAAAACCUUUUCUAAUUUGAUGUUCCUCACAAAUGUUUUUUCACCUACCAAAAACAUUUAUAUACUGACUAGUGUAUAAGGAGUAAGACUGUAGCUUUUUAACAGUUGUCAGUUUAAUUUCAAUCACUUGGUUUCCAUGAUGGUAUGAGGCCCUAUUAACAUUAUGACCUUAUACCAUUAUUGGAUAUUUAAGGCAACAAACUACUCAUCAUUUUUUAAAAUGCAUGCUGAGAAAAAGUUAAUCUACUUAUCCCUUUACUAUAUGAGGUACCCCCAGUAGAGACAUUGCAUAGAAGUUGUUAUAAUCAACUAAUGUUUACUGUCUUUAUGACAAUACAACAUCUGGUAUAGUUAAGAACCUAAAAUUAGUCAGGUUGAAUCUGUAUUCACUCAUACUUCGAACUUACUUGUAACAAUUACAUAUCUCAAACAAAUGAAACCAUUCUCUAUCCAGGACAUUCAAUAAAUCAUGAAGAAUCCAACAUUUCCACCUAAAGUCUGGAGCAAUAAAAAUUUGAUCAUUUGUUUAAAUAGGUAA